CCGUACAAUUCCAUUACGAAUCUCGUCAAAAGAGAUUCUAUUACGAAAACGCCCUUUGGUUUUUUCGCCGAUAAAAGGACGGCCCUUCUCCGGCAUACAACCAUCUGAACAGUAAGCACCACCCCCCAAAAAUGGAUGAAGAAGACAGAUUAAGCUCCCUACCAGACUCCCUUUUAGUCGAAAUUCUCUCCCUUCUUCCUCUGAAUAACGCCGCCGCUACCUCCGCCUUGUCCCACCGUUGGGUCUCCCUCUGGACUCAACUUCCCCGUCUAAAAAUCGACAGCGACAUCCCCAUAUUUGACCUUGACUCCGAUUCUUGUAAGGAAAGGUUCCAUGAAUCCAUCGCCACCUUCAACCACAUUCUCCAGCAUCUGACUUCCCCCAAUAUCCAUACAUUCGAUCUUCAUUUCCAUUACCCUAAUUUGGAUAUUGAACAAUUCAAUGUUUGCUCGGCGUCUUUGAUUUCAUGGAUCCCUCUGCUUUGCGUCCGCAAUCCAGCGAUUUUGAAGGUAGGAUCCGUAAUUUUACAGAAUACUGGCAGACACUUCAUUACUCUGCCAUCUUGUAUUUUCGAAACCCAUUCAAUCGUCAACCUCGACUUGUGUGGAUUUUUUUACUGCAAAUUGCCUGAAUCUGGUAUUGUUAAUCUUCCUAAUUUGAAAACCCUUAGUUUUUUUGCCGUUGAUUUCGAUCCUAAAGUAUUGAGAACAUUGUUUAAGUCUUGCCCAUUAUUGGAGACUUUGUGCUUGAGAUUAGAUUUGGGGGAGGAUCAAGUUCUUGAUAUUUCAGCUCCAAAACUGAAUUUUCUGACAAUUGGGAUGACGGGGCCGUCAUACCGGAGCAAAAUUGUGAUUGAUGCACCCUUACUGGAAGUGAUGGCAUUGAUAGAUUGUGUUGCAUUGUAUAGUUUUGUCAAUAUACCACCUAAUUUGCAAAAGGCAACGAUUCAAUUUUUUGACCCUGAGAAAGUAGGUGUUUAUCUCACCAGCAUACCUGAUCUUCUUCAAGGGAUUUCGAAAGCUAAGUCCAUUACUUUUGGGAAUAAUCUUGCUGUAUUCAAUGACCUUAAUCCUGAAGAUGCAAAUGUUUGGUCACUCUUUUGUAAUCUGACCCAUCUUAAAUUGGUUUUGGAUAAGGAAUAUGGGGAUUGGGGUGCCACUAUUCCUUCAUGUUUGUUAAAUAAGCUCAAGAGUAUAGAAUUAUGCGCAAUGAACGGGGACGAAGAUGAUGUAGAGUCGGUUAAAUAUAUUCUUGGUAAUGCUAAUGUUUUGGACAAGCUUCACAUCACUCCAUUUGCUAACCCUCGUAGAUACGGGAGAAGUGUAUUAUGGAAGGAAUAUAAGUUUUGUGGUGAUUUGUUCACCCUUCCAAGGAUAUCUGUAACUUGCAAGAUUGAGUUUGAUGGUGUUUAUUUCCGUGCAUCAAGUUAUGGGCCCCAAAAUGAAUCAGGAUGUUCUGAAAUUGACUGGUUGAAAUCCCAAACAUGGCCUGCUCUAAAUGAGGACGACGAUGAAUCAGAUGAAUAGACUAUCAUGUUUUGGCAAGGGCAGGUUGUUGAAACUUAAAAGAGGCCCUGAACUUGUUCUCCUGUAUGAAAUCUGAGGGCAUUAUUCCUGAUGCUGUCACUUAUACAUCCUUGGUUCGUGGCCUGUACAAUUCUGGCUGUGGGGAAGAGGCUAAGCGUGUUUUGACUGAGAUGAUACACUGAAAUGUAGCACCUACUGUUAUGACCUAUAGCAUGCUGGUUGACAUGUUCUGUAAAUAUGAGAAUAUUGAUGAUGCAGAAUCCAUUUUACAGCUCAUGAUUGAGAGAGGUGUGAUCCAGACAUCAUUACUUACAGUGCUUUACUGGAUGGUUAUUGUUUUCGGGUCAGAUGGAAGAUGCUGAAAAACUACUUGAUCUCAUGGCACAAAAUGACUGUGGUGAGCCUAAUCUCGUAUGUUUUAGCACUAUGAUUAAUGGAUAUUGCAAGGCUAAAAACAUUGGCAAAGCCCUGUACAUAUUCCAACAGAUGUUUCAGAAAGGGAAAACGGUGGUAGAGUCUAAUAGUGUGAUUUUGGCUCAGUAUAUUUUGAUACAUGUAUCACUCAUCACUAUAUUAGCUGCAUCAAAAGUUUCUGCUCUGCUUCCUUCUAUGUUAUUUCUCCUGUAAUUGAGCAUGGGAAUUUGUAGCUUAUAAUGACUUAUGUACCUGAUUGUUCAAACCAAUAUUGUCUAUAUUGUUUUGAGAUUAAUAUCAUAUUAAUAUAUAUUAUAUACUGA